CCGAACAGUUCUCCUGGCGCGUUGCGAACACAGACGCCACUUCACUCUUAUUUUUAUGAUGAAUGUAAACAUCAACGAUUGUUCCCCGCAACCUCAAAUAUAAUUUCGAAAGUGGAGAAAAUAAAGUGACUAAUGCCACAGGAGGUGAACAAGUCAUAAUUGUGCUGUGUUGGACUAAAAUCUCAGCAAUGUCGCUGCUGUGCGUGCGAGUGAAAAAGGCCAAGCUCCAAGGACCUCCAGACAAGUUUAAUGUGUAUGUUACACUGAAGGUCCAGAAUGUUAAAAGCACAACCAUCACGGUGCGAGGAGACCGGCCCUGCUGGGAACAGGAUUUCAUGUUUGAGAUUAAUCGUCUGGACCUGGGUCUGGUUGUGGAGGUGUGGAAUAAAGGGCUCAUCUGGGACACUUUGAUAGGAACAGCAUGGAUCCCACUUAACACCAUACGCCAAUCAGAUGAGGAGGGGCCUGGAGAAUGGACCUCACUGGAUUCUGAGGUUCUGAUGAAGGAAGAUGAGAUAUAUGGCACUAAAAACCCCACUCCUCACCAAGUGCUGCUGGACACACGUUUUGAGCUCCCUUUCGAUAUCCCCGACGACGAGGCCCAGUACUGGACUAAAAAGCUGGAGCGCCUCAACUCUAUGAGGAUACAUGAUGAGUAUUCACUGCAAGAUGAAGCACAAAGAAGGCAGCUUGCCUCAGUGCCUUCCCAGUGCUGCAAUUGGACAUACUUUGGAUGGAAUGAACAGCAGACUUUUGAUGACCACGACAGUGCUGUGGAUGACAGAGAUAGUGAUUACCGCAGUGAGACAAACAGCAGGCCUCCACGAUACCACACCACAGCUCAACCCAAUUCCUCUGCACAUCAGUACCCCAUUGGCCGGAGAUUACAGAAUCAGGCAAUAUCAAAAGAGUCUAGGACAGACUCUAUCCAGAGCUAUGACUUGGAUUAUAGAGAAGGAAGGGAACAGAGCCCGGUGGACAGUUCUCGAUUUGGGUCUUCUGGUAACCUUAGCCAAGCCAGUUCCCAGUUCAGCUCUGAGCCAGAAGAGGAAGAACAAAACUAUUCAGAUGCUCAGAUCAGACCUUCUGUGGAAGGUCCACCUCUUCCAGUCUUAGAUGACACAGAAAAAGGGGAAAGAGAAAUAUUAUCAAAUGUGGAGGAAGAAGUACAGGAAGAGAGCAUUCCCACGCCUGUUGUUGAUCAAGGGAGGAAGCCAGAGAGGCAACACAGUUUUUAUGAGGAUGGACCACCUCCUUUCUCUCCUUCCCGCCUGCGCUGGUUGAAGGCCAUCAAUAAAGUCAGAGUGAAGCUGCAUGAGAAUAUCAAUGGAGACCAUAACAAACAUCCAUGGGCCAAACCUGGGGAAGGAGGAAUAUUUGGCAUUGAUAGCAUGCCUGACCUUAGGAAAAAGAAGCCUAUCCCCUUGGUUAGUGAAGUGGCCAUGUCUCUUGUGCAGUCCAGGAAAGCAGGGAUCUCGCAUGCAUUAGCUGCGCGCUCUUCACUGAAGGAUGAAGAACUGAAGAAACACGUGUACAAGAAGACACUCCAGGCUUUGAUUUACCCUAUUUCUUGCACAACACCCCAUAACUUUGAAGUGUGGACGGCCACUACACCCACCUACUGCUAUGAGUGUGAGGGCUUGUUGUGGGGCAUUGCGCGGCAGGGCAUGCGCUGUUCAGAGUGUGGGGUCAAAUGCCACGAAAAAUGCCAGGAGCUUCUCAACGCAGACUGUUUACAGCGAGCUGCUGAGAAGAGCUCAAAAACAGGAGCAGAGGACAGAACCCAUCAUAUCAUAUCGGCCAUGAAGGACCGCAUGAAGAUCCGAGAGAGGAACAGGCCUGAAAUCUUUGAGAUGAUAAGGCUUGUGUUCAGUGUGACUAAAUUGAGCCAUGCUCAGCAGAUGAAGGCCAUCAAGCAGACUGUUCUUGAUGGAACAUCAAAAUGGUCUGCCAAAAUCUCCAUCACAGUGGUGAGCGCUCAGGGCCUCCAGGCUAAAGACAGAACUGGUUCCAGUGAUCCUUAUGUGACCGUUCAGGUUGGCAAGACUAAAAAGAGAACCAAAACUAUCUAUGGUAACCUUAACCCUGUGUGGGAGGAGACGUUCAACUUUGAGUGCCACAAUUCAUCUGACCGCAUUAAACUGCGUGUAUGGGAUGAAGAUGACGAUAUAAAGUCUCGUGUAAAGCAGCGUCUGAAGAGAGAAUCUGAUGACUUUUUGGGCCAGAGCAUUAUCGAGGUCCGAACCCUCAGCGGAGAAAUGGAUGUCUGGUACAACCUUGAAAAACGCACUGACAAGUCAGCGGUAUCAGGGGCCAUCAGAUUGCAGAUAAGUGUGGAAAUUAAGGGGGAAGAGAAAGUGGCCCCUUAUCAUGUUCAGUACACCUGUUUACACGAGAAUUUGUUUCACUUUAUGACAGACAUUGAAGGACAAGGUGUGGUGAAGUUACCCACAGCACGAGGAGAUGAUGCCUGGAAGGUCUACUUUGAUGAGGUCGCUCAGGGUAUUGUAGACGAGUUUGCCAUGCGCUACGGAAUAGAAUCCAUCUAUCAGGCCAUGACGCAUUUUGCAUGUCUGUCCUAUAAAUACAUGCUGCCUGGUGUCCCUGCGGUGAUGAGCACACUCCUGGCCAACAUCAACGCAUUCUAUGCUCAUCCCACCUCCGUGACCUAUGUCUCCGCCUGUGACCGCUUCACUGCCUCCAACUUUGGGAAAGAUCGGUUUGUUAGACUGCUGGAUCAGCUCCAUAACUCCCUCCGUAUUGACCUGUCAACAUACAGAAAUAAUUUUCCAGCCAGUAGUAAACCACGUCUAGCGGAUCUCAAAUCCACAGUGGAUUUGCUGACUAGCAUUACAUUCUUCAGACUGAAGGUUCUGGAACUGCAGUCUCCCCCUCGUGCCGCCCAUGUGGUCAGGGACUGUGUGAAAGCAUGCCUCAAUUCCACAUAUGAAUACAUCUUUAACAACUGCCAAGAGCUGUACAACAGACAGUUCCAUCCGGCUGUGGAGCCUAAACCACAAGAGAAGAAAGUAGGAGAAGAGAGUGAAGAAGAGGAAGACAAGAAGGAUGAGAAAGAGGAGCAAAAUGCUGCUUUAGAGGAACCAGGACCAAGCAUACAGAAUUUGGACUUCUGGCCCAAACUCAUCACCUUAAUAGUUUCCAUCAUUGAGGAGGACAGGAACUCCUACAGCUCAAUCAUCAAUCAGUUUCCUCAGGAGUUGAAUGUGGGGAAGGUCAGUGCCGAGGUCAUGUGGACACUCUUUGCUCAGGACAUGAAGUAUGCACUGGAAGAGCACGAGAAGCUGAGGUUUUGUAAAAGUGCGGACUACAUGAAUCUGCAUUUCAAAGUCAAAUGGCUCUUCAACGAAUACGUCUGUGACCUGCCCGCCUUCUCCGACACCGUCCCAGAGUACCCAUCGUGGUUUCUGCCAUUUGUUCUCCAGUGGCUGGCUGAGAAUGAAGAAGUGUCGAUGGAGUUUAUGCAUGGAGCCCUCGAGAGGGAUAAAAGAGAGGGGUUCCAGCAGACAUCUGAGCAUGCCCUGUUUUCCUGUUCAGUCGUGGACAUCUUCACUCAGCUCAACCAAAGCUUUGAGAUCAUCAAGAAAUUAGACUGUCCUGAUCCUGCAGUGGUUGCCCAGUAUAACCGACGAUUUGCCAAGACUAUCACCAAAGUGCUCCUGCAGUAUUGUGCUAUUCUAGCCAAGAGUUUCUCCUCUUACUGUGAGAAAGAAAAGACGCCCUGUGUGUUGAUGAACAACGUUCAACAGAUGCGUGUGUUGUUGGAGAAGAUGUUUGAAUCUAUGGGGGCCAAACAGCUUGACUCAGAGGCUGCAGAUAUCCUCAAUGACCUGCAAGGGAAGCUUAAUUCUGUUCUGGAUAACCUGAGUGGCAUGUUUGCCAAGAGUUUCCAGGCCCGUAUGAAUGCAUGUGUGUGUCAGAUGGCGGAGAUCCUGUAUCAGAUUAAAGGACCUCUGAAUCAGAACAGUCGUAACACAGCGGAGGCUGAUGCAGACAACGCACUGGCGGCCGCUUAUGGAGUUCCUCGACACAAACCUCAGCAUCUUUGCAGACAUAUGUGA